AUGGAUUGGAUCCUCUGUUCAUUUAGAACGGAGGAGGCCGUAGAGGAAAUACUCAAUGGUGGACCGUGGUUUAUCGGUGGACACAUUGUUGGAAUGGAUCGGUGGACUCCUACUUUUGAUCCUUACUCCUUCAAGGGGGUCACGACUCCCAUUUGGAUUCGAUUCCCCUGUUUUCCGCUUUACUGUUGGGAUGAAGACAACAUAGCGAGAAUUGCAUCUCGAUUUGGGACGCCGAUGUACAUUGAUGGGAAUACCUUUCGGUGCGGGAAGAGGGCGUUCGCCCGAGUAUGUGUCAAAAUUGACCUGGAGAAGAAGUUACCAAACGGAGUCUGGGUGGAAGGAUCAGCAGGCAGGUUCUUUCAGCGGGUGGAAUAUGAGAAGGUGGAUUUGUUGUGUUGUCAUUGUGGUCGUGUGGGUCACAACAAGAUGGAAUGCCCUGAGAAGGUUGUUCAUGGGAUUACUGAUCAGGCCAUUUCCAAAUCGGAUGCAGAUGAGUCCAGCAAGACUUUUCCUGAAGCCAAUUCCGGGAUGAUCAAGUCAGAAUACGGACUGUGGAUACAUAUUAAUAAGAUGGAUAAUAUGGGGUUCAAACCUGUGCAGAAAGCUAAUGCUACUGAGAUAAAGAAGGUGGAUAAUCCAAUUGCGGUCAGUAACAGAUUUUAUGCUCUGUUGGAUGAGUCUGGAGAUGAACCCGUGAAGCACAGUGUGGAUGUGGAUAAGUUUGAGGCCUUGGUUAUUCAAGGCACUGAGGAAAUUAAUGGGGUUGGAAAUAAUGUUGUGAAAUUGAAUGAUGUAGAUUUAAUGCAGGCUGGUUUGGGAUCUCAAAGUGGGAGCACCAAGGUUAAACUUGCCAAAGAUCUAAGAUCUUUGGGUCCUCUUGAAACAGGUUAUAAAAAGAAGAGAAGGGAUGGGAGGGGGGUUAGGAAGAGGGAGGCCGCCUUGUAUCUAAAGGAGAUGGUUAGAGAGCAGGAUGUAUUUUUUGUUGGUCUUCUGGAAACUAAGAUGACUUGUAUUGGUAGGAGGGAGGUUGAUUAUCUCAUUGGGAAUGAUUGGGACUUUUAUCAUAUUCCAGCCGUUGGCUUGUCAAGGGGAAUGCUGGUGAUAUGGAACAUAAAGUUUGUGUCAUUUCUGGUCAAGGUUACUUCUUCACAAGUGAUCUUGGGGGAUCUUCUGAUCCCAAGUAUGGGCUUAUGGAAGAUUGCCACGGUUUAUGGAAGUCGUUGUUGCAAAGAAAGGGAGGAUCUUUGGAGGCAGCUUGAAGAGGGAUUGAAAGAGCAUUAUCCCUUUAUCAUUGGUGGGGAUUUUAACUGUAUUUUGAUCAAGGAGGAGAAGAGAGGAGGUAAGAAAUUUGUAUUUUCUAAAGGGCCGAGGGAGAUGAAACAAUUUAUGACAAAUUCAAAUUUUCAUGAUGUAAGGAGUAUUGGACCAAGACACUUAGUAAGAGUGGCUACGGAUCAUAGUCCAAUUGCCUUCAAAUUGGAUGAGAAGAUCCAGGUCAAGAGGAAGAAUAUCAAAUUUGAGGAUACAUGGAGGUCAUAUCCAGCGGCUAGAAGCAUUGUGUAUCAUUCUUGGAAGAAGAAUGAUUUCGGUGAUCCUAGUGAAUUCCUUCAAAGGAAGACUUGUAGAACAAUGAAGGCAUUAUUUUUUUGGAGCAAAAGAAAGUGUAAAAAUCUGAAUACUCUCAAAGAAGAGCUGAAAAAGGAUAUUAUUGAACUCCAAAACAUAGAGGCUGUUGGAAUAGAUUGGACUAAUGAGGAUCUCCUUUUUCUUAGAAGUAAAGUACACGAGCUUAAUAUAACUUUGAACCGGCUAGCUACAUGGUGGAAUCAAAGGUCAAAGGCUAGAUGGCAUGAAGAAGGUGACAGCAAUUCAAAGAUGUUCCAUAACAUUGCCUCGGCUAGAAGGAAUGGGAAUAGGGUGGUUCAAAUUAGAGAUGUGAAUAACAUAUCUCAGGUUGAUGAUGAUGAAAUCGAGAAGAAGUUGAGCCAGGGAGCUGUUGAUGAAUUAUGUUUCGAAUUUACUUUGGCUGAAUUUCAGGCUUUAGUUUUUCAACAGGGUAACAAUAGAGCUCCAGUUGGGUACCCAAUUAAGAAGAAGGUUAUCAGGUUGUUUGGCAACAAAAAUAUGAAGGAGAUGAACUACCUUGGGAUCAAGUUGUCCUUAAAUAGAUUGAAGUUGGCUGAUUUUCAAGAUAUGUUAAGCAAAGUUAUGGAUAAGCUUAAUACAUGGGGCAAGAAGAUAUUAUCAUUGGGAGAUCUUUUCUUGGAUGGAGGAUCGGAGAGAGCUGCUGAGGAUGUUUUCGGGCUUGUUAUGGAUAAAGCUUGUGUUAGAGGAUGUAAUAAUAAUGAAAGUUAUGAGCACAUUAUGGAAUUGAGGAGAAUGACCACCCGUAAUCUCGAUACUGUGAGGAUUUACUGCACUAUUGUUUAUUUGUCUUGGAGGAAUAGAAACUGUGUGAAGCAUGGGAAACCUGCAUUGUCUUCUUCUGUGAUUGCUUCUAAUGCUUUGGCAUUGGCUAGUAAUAAAGAUAGUCCUUAUCUUUCAAACUGGGGAACCAAUCUCCUUAGGGAGUCUUGUGAGUCUUGGUGCCCUCCUCCGAAAGACUGGAUGAAGAUAAAUGUUGAUGCUUCAUUGCUUAGAUCCAACUGA